AUGCACAAAAGGCAGCAAAAAACUCAUGACACCAACGUGAGGGACGACCGACGCAGCGAACGUUCAGGUUAUGAGAGCCGGAGUGGACGACGAAGUGAUGAACACUUCACAAGGAGCAGCGAUAUAUCCCAAUCACCCCACCGAUACAGCGACGACAGGGACAACACGUGGAAACGCCAGACUCGACCGUAUGAGGAUGUCCACCAGUCGAGACGCAGGGCGAUCCAGGAUCAAUACCCACGGGACAACGAAGGGAAUCACGAAGACGACUACGACAGUGAGUUCAACCUAGCCUCUUAUUCCGCCCAAUCCCAUGGAUCACGUAGCAACAAGAAUAGACGUGUUGGGUCACACAGAGAUAGACGACUAGAAACACAGAGAGAGAUGCAAGAGGGACAGUUUUGGGAAAACCCCCACGGUACAGUCGCUCAAGCCCAAUAA